UUUAAAUAAUUAUUUCUUUGUAACCUACAGAAGUGCACGAUCUACAGAGCAAUCAUCAUGGCAGAUAAGUCAGAUAGGUCAGAUUACGAUGAAAGCUCAAUAAACUAUAAAUGGAUGUGGUAUUAUAUGAGAAGAGAUGCGGAGUAUGAAAUAUGCAAUAUAUGUAAUAUGCCAUAUACUAGUUUUCACCAUUCCAAUAUGUUUAGACAUAUCGGACACUCACAUCCUAAUACAAUUUUAAAAAAACAGUUUACUCCAACACAAAACAAUGGAUUAAAAUGUAAUUAUUGUUCUAAAAUUUAUAUGGCAUCCAUAAAUCUGAGUAUAUAUACACAAAGACACUUGACAAAUGAUCAUAAGCUUAACGAAAAUAUAGCUAAUGAACUCAAAAUCUGGGUAAACCAGCAACUUAAUGUAAUUAAGAAAUGUGACACUUGCGAUCAAUUUAAAGAAUCUGAUAUUUUUAAUAUAAUGGUACAUUUAGUCGAAGCUCAUCGUGUCAUCGUGCUUCCAAAAUUUAUACCAAGAGGCAUAUUAUUACCAAAAUUAUACAAUCUUUUUCAUCGUGAUAGGAACAUCGCAGAUAUUCCAACGUCUAGCAGCAAUCAGCUGCCAACUUGUAACACUUUGAGAAAUUACUUUGAUAAUUUUUGUUCCGAUUUAAAUUCUGAUAGGGCAGUGGAGUCUACUGAAGAAGAUGAUUAUCACGAUCUUCCUGAUAUGUCACCAUCAAGCAACUUUUUUUCUGCUGAUACUAAUAAUGAAGAUAUUGAUUCGUUUUUAAAAGUAUUGACAAGGACAAGUUAUUUAAAUCGCUUAUUAUCACCAAGAUUAUACAAUCUUUUUCAUCGUGAUAGGAACACCGCAGAUAUUCCAACGUCUAGCAGCAAUCAACAAUCAAACUUGUAAUACUUUGAGAACUUACGUUGAGAAUUUUUGUUCCGAUUUAAAUCCUGAUAUGGCAGUGGAGUCUACUGAAGAAGCUAAUAGGACUAAUCUUAAGCGUAAUUAUUAACACUGCUUUUUCGAUUUAACAUAAAGCGAUAUAACACAAACUUAUAAAUAUAUCAAAUGUGUUGCAAAUUCAUAAUUUUUUAAUUAUUUAUAUA